GCGUCGGGGAGGCAGUGCCCAGUGCCAGCGUGCCGAAGCCCUCUGCAGCCCCUUGGCCACUGUUGUGGGGUCUGUGGAGCCACCAUUAACCUGGAUUUCACUCCUGAUUUUGACCUGCAGAAGUACCGGGACAGACUGGUCCAAGCCUUGCUCAGCCAGCCCAAGUACGCCGGUGUGCGGAUGGCCAUAUCCAAGGUGCACAAAGCACAGACCUUCCUGGGAGUCAUACCCCGGAGCUCCACUCCUCUCAUCCAGAUUGUUCUAAUGGACGAUGGAGCAGGAGCACAGACCGGCAUCGCUGCGGAGCAGGUGGCAGCAGACAUCAUGGAGGACAUAGCACAGCAUGGUGAAGCACUUGGCAUUUCAAGCAGCAAAAUGGAGGUGGCCACCAGCAACAGUUUUGUCGGGCAAGCAGGGAGCCAUGUAUCGAGCAGGAUCAUAGCAGGGACAGUCUUGGGGCUACUCUUCGGUCUCCUGUUCCUUGGAGGGAUUCUCUUUCUCUACAUAAAGGGAAAACUACGGUUGCCUGCCCUGCACCUCCCCCAGCCCUGGGACAGAACGAAGGACCUGGCGUCCCCUGCACCGGCCAGUGACAAAGGCUUCAACAACCCCAUGUUUGAUGUGGAGCCACCAAGCACUGACCCUGGAGAGGAGGAGACACCACAAGAGAUGGCACCCAAAGACCACCAGGUCUUCUACGUCAACCCUCUGUAUGAUGCAAGCGAGACAGACAUCUGA